AUGGUGUUGAGAUCCUUCGAGGUGGUGGUGGUGUUGAGAUCCUUUGAGGUGGUGGUGGUGUUGAGAUCCUUCGAGGUGGUGGAGGUGUUGAGAUCCUUCGAGGUGGUGGAGGUGUUGAGAUCCUUCGAUGUGGUGGAGUGGGCCGUGUCUUGGAGCGCGGCCCACUCCCCUGCGCGAUCCAGGGCCCACAACUUCAACCCAGGCGCAGGUUGGAGCUCGCUGCCCGGACAAAUGGCCGAUCCUUUUCCUUAUCGAGCUGAACUCGACUUGCCUGUCCCGCAGCGGCGUAACUGCUCUCCAACUCCCACCAAAAAGGAGCACCGUGGACCAUCGCGCCUCAAGCCACCUCCGGGCUUCCCGGGAUCGAUCCCCGCUCCCUGCUCCCGUGUGUGGGAAAGACUGGAGUGUGUGCGCCCGCUCUCCGUGCGUGAGGAAGACUGA